AUGCAUUUUAAUAGGGCUGGCGCCUUAGUUGCGUUGCUCUGCGUGGCGAUUUAUUGGUUUCUAGGUGGAAGAUCAUCGAUUGCUCUCGCGGGUACCGUCUUUUGUGGGAUCGCUUACAAGGAAGCCAUUGACUCAGGGAAGAAUUCCUCCUCUGAAGCUAAUAGCUCGGAAGCUGCGGCACCUAAGAAGAAGAAAGGAUGUUGCGGAGGAAAAGGUGGGAAGAAUUGCUGUUCAUCCAAAGGCGGUGAGAAAAAAUCAGGCUGUUGUUGCAGCAGUAAAAAGAUAGAAUCGAAGGAUAAACAGGACUUUAUGAUGAUUCCCGGAUCGGAAGCUUCGAAAGAGGUGAACUUUCCGGAUGAGAUUGAUUUCACCAAUGCUUUCAAACCGUCAGGCAAGAAUAAUGGCGCCAGUGCGAAGCCUCGCAAAAUUAUCUCCAAGCCGAAAUUAAUUUCCAAGCCCAAAAAUGAGGAUGGUCUGGUCAAGAGCGCCAUGACUAUAUCUAAAGACGCUCUACUAUCAUCUCAGAUCUAUAUCUUUUACAGUUCAUUGCAAGGUGCGGCCCAACGAGCAGCUUCGACAGUACAUGAGACUCUCUCUAAGAUAGAGGGUUUGGACCUUGAACCGAUUUUACUUAACUUGGAUGAACUAGAUGACAUCGAUGAAUACUUUGUGUCGGUACCCUCUGAAAACGCCCUCUAUUUCUUAGUUUUGCCUUCAUAUGACACAGAUUGCCCAUUGGAUUAUUUCCUGCAGACCCUGGAAGAGAACUUCAACGACUUCAGAAUUGAUAAAUUUCCUCUACGCAAGCUUGUCGGUUACGGUAUAUUAGGUAUCGGUGAUUCUGAAUCAUGGCCAGAAAAAUUCUGUUACCAGGCCAAAAUGGCGGAUCAUUGGAUAGCCCGUCUGGGUGGAAGAAGAGUUUUUCCGGUUGGAGAAGUUUGUAUGAAGCGUGGAGGUAUCUCAGACGUUCAAAACUGGGCAAAUCUGCUCUCUGAAACUUUGAAAGAUGAUGAACCCAUUCUCUAUGAGUACGAUGAGACAAUUGACGAAAAUCUCCAGGAUGGCGAUGAUCAAUUGGGAGAUUUAGAAGACAUCGGGAAAGAAUCGAACGGCGAUGAAUCCCAAAUCAAACAGAUGGUUGCUGAAAAUAGCCCGACUUACAGGAAACUUACAAAACAGGGUUAUGUUAUUGUUGGAUCACACUCUGGUGUGAAAAUAUGUAGAUGGACUAAGAGCGAUCUGAGAGGAACAGGUUCCUGCUACAAACACUCUUUAUUCAACAUCGUUUCUAGUAGAUGCAUGGAGCUUACACCAUCACUAGCGUGUUCAUCAAAAUGUGUCUUUUGCUGGAGACAUGGCACAAACCCUGUAUCAAAGAACUGGAGAUGGGAGGUUGAUCCACCGGAAUACAUCUUAGAGAACGCUCUGAAGGGCCACUAUUCUAAGAUCAAACAGAUGAGAGGAGUUCCAGGAGUCGUUAUGGAGCGAUUCGCUAAAGCGUUCCAGGUCCGCCAUUGUGCUCUUUCCCUUGUGGGCGAGCCAAUCAUGUACCCUUACAUCAAUAGGUUUGUGGAACUGCUGCAUGAAAAGGGAAUUUCAAGUUUCCUGGUCUGCAAUGCUCAACACCCCGACGCGUUAGAGAGUAUCGGUAAAGUGACUCAACUGUAUGUCUCCAUUGAUGCUUCGACGAAGCAAGAAUUGAAGAGAGUAGACAGGCCACUAUACAAAGACUUCUGGGAGAGAAUGCUCUCAUGCCUAGAUAUUCUGAGAACUAAACAAUCACACCAGAGAACCGUUUUCAGAUUGACGCUGGUCAAAGGUUUCAACAUGGCAGAUAUAUCCUCAUAUGCCGACCUCGUUCAGCGUGGUCUACCCAGCUUCAUCGAAGUGAAAGGUGCUACAUUUGCGGGCUCGUCGGAUGGUAAUGGGAAUCCUCUAACAAUGCAAAACAUACCAUUUUAUGAGGAGUGUACGAACUUCGUCAAACAAUUUGCAGCUGAACUGCAGAGACGGAACCUCGGUUAUGAUAUUGCGGCGGAGCAUGCUCAUUCCAAUUGUAUACUAAUAGCCAGCACAAAAUUCAAGAUAAACGAUGAAUGGUACACACAUAUUGACUUCGAUAAGUUCUUUGAACUACUAAGGAGCGGCGAAAAUUUCAAUCCUAUGGAUUAUAUUGCCAAGACCCCAGAGUGGGCUUUAUUUGGCAAUGGCGGUUUCGCACCUGGGGACACUCGGGUAUACAGAAAAGGUAAGAAGAAGUCCAAAAAUGUGCCAAAAGCGGAACCAACGACAUAG